UGUCAUCCCCGAUGGCGGCUGCUUUACCUCCCGAGUGGUUGGAAGAGGAGUUAACGUGCCCCGUCUGCCUCCAAAUCUACACCGACCCGGUGAUCCUGAACUGUAAGCACAGCUUCUGCCGAGCUUGUAUUGAGGAGUCCUGGAGAGAGCCAGAAUCUGGCACUUACUCCUGCCCAGAAUGCAGAGCAAAUUACAGAGAGAGGCCUGCUCUGAAAAGGAAUUUCAAACUGGCAAACAUAGCUCUGAAAUACCAGGCAGUGAAUGGAACCCCAGUAGCUUUACCCUGUAACUACUGCAGUAAGAAAAAACUAACAGCUGUCAAAACCUGCCUGAAAUGCGAGGCUUCCAUGUGCUCCAAACAUCUCAAACAUCACAGAGAGAACGCUGUCUUUAAAAACCAUCCCCUCAUUGAUCCCACUGCAGACAUGUCAACAUGGAAGUGCAUAGAGCACAAGAAACUGUUGGAGAUUUACUGUAAGGACGACAAAGUGUGCAUCUGCUGUCUCUGCCCUGUCGUGGGGAAACACAAGAACCAUAACUGUGUCAGUAUCGGUGAGGGGGAACAGGAACUGCGGGACCACUUGCAGCAGCAAAUCGAAAAAGUCCGAACAAAUACAACCUCAAUCCAAGCUGCCCUUGACCAUCUUCAAACACAGAAGGAAAGUACCCAGACUCUGAUCAGAGAGACCAAACUCCAGAUUCAGGAGAAGUGUAAUGCAGUGCGGAAGUAUUUUGAGAAUGAAGAGAAAGAAGCAUGUAAAUAUCUGGACAGGGUUCAGAGGCAUGUGACCGGGGAAAUUGAUGCACGGAUACUUGAACUGGAAAACAAAAUGGAAGACUUUGAGAAGAAUUUGUCUGAUUUCAGUGACCUUUUAACCAAGAAUGAAAAGCUGAUUUUUAUACAGGGAUUUAAUUCAAUGGCAUUGAGAAUAAAAGAAGCAUCUGAACCACUAGCCCCACAGCCACCUCCACCUGAUGUCAACAAAAUAACAGCAGAUAAGAUCAACUGGGUACAGAAACAGUAUGAAGUGGUCUCCCAGCUCGAGAGGGAUCGCGACAUAAUGGCGAAUGUGUAUGGACAGACACCGACUCUGGAUGUGGAGACCGCUCAUCGCAGUGUCAUUCUGUCAGACGAUAAGAGGGUUGCAACUGGAACCCAGUACAGACAGCCCUACCCUGCCAACCGGAAGAGGUUUGACACCUGGGGCCAGGUGCUAUGCUCCGAGGGAGUCAACGGUGGCCGUUCCUACUGGGAGGUGGAGAUCGCUGGAGUCCGUGGCAAAUGGGCAAUUGGUGUAUGUUACGGAAGCAUAAAGCGAAAGGGCCGGGAUAAAGAGUGUGUGUUGGGGGAGAGCAGUAAGUCGUGGAUUGUAUGCUCCGAGAGUAACAGUAAUCUGUGGAGUUACUUAUCAAGGUCCACCUCUGUUUCAGCCCAACAUAAUGGUAAUAUCACAGACCUAGCUGUCAGAAUAUCCUCUAAAGUGGGAGUGUUUGUGGAUUUUGAUGCUGGAAUAAUCUCCUUUUACAGUGUAUCAGGCAACAAACUAAGCUUGAUAUGUACUUUCCAGCAGCAGUCAUUCUCAGAGACUCUCUACCCAGCUCUGAAAGUUGGUGACUGGAGCACCUCUCUGACUCUGUGCUCUCUCACCUGAUUCCUUUCUCAACUUUUAUUAAGCUUUUAUUCUUUGAAUAGUUCCCUUAUAAAAAAGGAAGAACAUCAGUUGGAAUGAACCAAAGUUGUUCCCGUUGACAUUAUAACCCCAAAAUACCUCGGAUCUUGAGGGGAUGCCAAUCAGUAGCAUGAUGGGCUGACCUUGCUGAAUUCUGCUGGACUCGUUCACUGACUACUUAAGAUAGGUUCCCACUGCCUAGAAAGCCACACAAUCAGUAAUGCUCCAGGAAAAGUUAGAGACAAAAUUAGGAAAAUAUACCAAAAAUGGUCCACUGUAUUCAAGAAACAAAAUCCAGCUAAAUAUCUCAACUUUGGCAGAAAGAAGUGUACAAGUGGGAGUGGAAUUUAUUUUGGGUGGCAGAGAAGAAUAAGCAUUAAUGAAAUCCUCUCAUUCCGCGACCACAGUUUUCUAUUCCACUAACCUCUCCCAUUUUAUGCAGAGGAGGCACAGUGGAGAUUGCCCAGAGUGUUCUUUGGACUCUCAUUACCACAAAUUUUAGUUACAAAUGAAGUACCGUUUUCUGUAACUUGAAGAGGUAUUCGAAAUAUCACCAGCGAUGUCAAGUUCCUGUUGAAGUACUUUUUUCUAUCACUAUCGUUAUCCGUCACUCACCAAGUCUCAGUUUCUAUUACGCUUGGAUUGUGGAUUCUUUUUGAUGCUGACUGUAGUGAAGAAGGUUUUUCUGCACUGUUAUUUAUCCAGCUUAAAAGGUUUCAAUUAACUUUCAUUACUUUCUCAUUCUGAGGGCUGGGUUAGAUACGAUGCAUCAAAUGGCUUCCUCUAUGCGUUUUUCUCUCCAAAUCCAGAAAUGUUGUUACAUAGAACAAUGUGUUUUUCUCAUUAUCAAAUUACCUGUGAUUUUUUUUAAACCUAUUAACCAGCAACAAAAAUCACCCCUGUGUUUCCAGUUGAUUAAUUUACAUGCAAAGCCCAUUAAGGGAAAUGCAGGGUCUAGGAAAUACAGGGUCCCCUACGUCUGUGCUUUGUUAAUUCCUCAUUACGUCCAACAUGAAAAUAGCAAAUUGGAUCCAAAAUUAGCCAUGAGAGGAAGCAGAGCGACAGCUGAAGUGUUUGUGGCUGGAGGCUGGUAACAGUGAAGUUUACAGAGACUCGCCAUUAGCUCUGUUUCUCUCUCCACAGAUGCUGCAAGACCUGCUGAGUUUAUCAAAUGUUUUCAAGUCUAAUUCCAGAUUUCAAGCUGAUUUUAUUUCGGAAUUAUGCUUAAAGCCUUGCUUUUUGGGAUAUAUUUCAAUAGGUUAGUUUUAAAUGUAGACAGAAUGAUUAAGAGGUUUGAAGAGAAAAAAAUUGGCCGUGUGGUUCCUGUUAGGGGAGAGGUCUGUAAGAUUGUUGAAUUUUGGAUACCAUUAGGAUAUGCUGGUGGAUUUUAUUCAGUGGACCUAACAGGAAAGCCCCAGUUUGAUUGCCUGCGUGUGCUGAAUUAGUAGAUAUCAACUGGAUCACAUUCACUAAGGACCCAAAGUUGGCUUCAGUUUCCAGAGUUGGAAAAGGUUAAGGCAGUCGGACUGAGACCUGGUUCUGUGAAUAUCCCUAAACAGGAUUAGCAAGUCAGUGUUGCUAUAUCCCAUGUAGUAAAAACCCUCCUGAUAUUAAUAUCGGCACUUGAGAGAGGUACUGUGAAGUGAUUUACGGAAACAAUCUCUGCAAGCAGCCAGCACCUGCAGCUGAGAAGGCAAACAGUGAAGCAAAAUAUUAAAUUCGUCAACCAAAGUAAUAACUGGUCAGACACUGGGUUAAUACUGAUAGGAACCUUCUGGCUAUACACACAGAGUGAAGGGGAACAAAGCGAUGUUAUUUUAACUCACUUAGAGGAACAUUGGUGACCUGAUACUUAGAUUUUCUUUAUUGUGCUAAAAACACUUGAUAGGCAUUCUGUCGAUUGAACAGCAGAGGGUGGUGUUGCCUUGUAAAAGGACAUUGCAGCAUCUAAUGUUGCUAAUUUCCCCCAGAGUUGUGGUUACACAGGCAGCUUGGCAGAGCCACCAAACUGAAUGGAUUUUCAACUCUUUUCUCUGCCUCAUCCACUGAGGUUCUACCAAAAUGCAGGAUAUAUACUAGGCGCUAGCAGUAUUCUCAUUUUAAAGGAAGCAUUAACCUUUCUGAGUUUGUGAAGGCCCUGUGCUACUUGCCGUAUGUCUUCAGAGAAAAAUUCAAAUGAUGUUCUCUAGAGGUGUUAGAGAAUCUAAAAUACACUCUAAAAAUGAGUGCAAGCAUUUGGCACUUCAAGCUCCAGUGAUUUUGUUUGUAAUUACAGUGUCUGAGUUUAUUGUGGAAAAACAAUGAAGGUAUUACAGAGUGACGGGCUGCACCAGCUACUUUCAAUUCUGUAUAAGUCACAAAACUCUAGCACCGUAAAUACUGAUUCAAACCACUGACAUCCGUUACUUUUUUAACCAUGUUUAUGGCUUGGGUCGACAUCUCAGGUUUAAGCUUCAAACUGAAAAAUUGAACCUGUUGAUUUGCUCUGAUAUCUCUGCCCUUAGCCGUGCAGUUAGAAGAAUGUGCACUUCUGCUGUAGCAUAAAACUUUCAAUCUUGCCUUUCUGACUAAAGCCAUGAUGUGCCAGUGUUGGACUGGGUUGAACAAAGUCAAAAGUCACAUGACACCAGGUUAUAGUCCUACAGGGGGUUUAGUUGAAGGAGCAGCACUCCAUCUUCGAAGAAGCAGCAAUACGAGAGUUUGUGUUUUGAAGUAAACCUGUUGGUCUAUAGCCUGGUAUCAUGUGACUUUUGACCUUUUCUGCCCAAAACCAGUCAUAAACAUCAAACUUUGUGUAUUUCUAAUGACCCCAUAAAAUUUUAGAACAUUCUUUCCGUCUAAUCUCAUGUUCUGCAGAUCAUCAGAAAGGCCAGGCUUUCCCCACAUUAAAAGCAAAAGAUGCUGGAGAUCACUGCGGGUCAGGCAGCAUCGAUGGAGAGAAAUCAGGCUAAUGUCUUGAGUCUAGAUGACUUUUCAUCAGAGCUCUGUGAUCUCCAACAUUUUUUGUUUCCAGUUAGAUUCCAGUAUCUGCAGUCAUUUUCCCCACACAGAUGAAAAUCCAGUGAAAGAUUGACCGAAUUUGUCCCAAAGUAAUGCUGUAAAUGUUGUUUGGACAGCCUGAAUGAAAUUUGGGUAGUUUGUUGUUCUCUAUAUUAUAGGAGCAGGAAUGAAUGAGCUCUGUAAGAUAUUCAUUCUGAACGUUUUCACUAUGAUCAGUGUGGAUCCAUGGUGUCUCUCAUCUCCUGGUCUGCUUCCUGUCUGACUCCUGAUAAACUAAACAAAUGUAUCCAGCUUUCCGCUAGGAGAACUCAGCCAGCUGAAAUGAGAGCCUGCACUUAACCCCGCAUCAUCUGCACGAUAAAGCCAGGAGCUGUUGGAACAAGUCAUUUCAGGAAAAAGGGACAACAAAUCUUGUUUCUUUUCUACAGGUGAAAACAUAGUAAUUAAUAACAGAAUGCCUGCAAUGUUUUGCUUGUGUGGGGACCAGUUAUAAGUCACCCAUAUCUUCCUCACUCAGGAAUUAACCUGGGUUCGCUGUUCAUCCCAUGUGGGCUGCCCUGUAGACUGUAUGUUGCUUGUGAUAGCAAACUAUUCCGACCUCAAAGCAGCAGAGAAUGAACUGCUCCUGCUAAUUCUGAACAAGGUUGUGAACAAGUUGAUUUUUAAGUAUUUAUGAGGUAACUACACCUAGCAAUCAAACAGUCCUCCAAACCUUUUUUAACAUUAUUGAAUUUCAUAACAUUUAAUUUUUGUGUACACUGCAAGUUAUAGCGCAUCCUAUUUUUGUACGUUGCUUUCAGUUAUUCAUAAAAUCCAGAGAGAGUUGUUGCCUAAUAUCUGAGACUUUCAAGAAUGAAUUACUCACAGCUUCAGUUCUGUGCAGUUUUUAGAAUGUUUUUGUAUUAAAAAACAUUUUCAUAUAUUUGCCUUUACAGUUAUAAAUAUGUGGUUGAGAAUAUUUGUGAUAGGUCAUUAGUCAUAUGAUUAAAGAUUAGUGAAGCCAGUUUUAGUCACAGGACAAUCUUUGUGCUAAGUUUUCCUGCAAUGUUUAUUUUUAUCUCUUUAGUCUGUAAAUGGGCUGUUCACUGUGGUGAAACAUGAUGGGAGACCCCACCUCCCCAAAAUACAUUUUUAAUUCUUUCAUGGGAUGUAAGCAUUGCUAUGAAGGCCAGCAUUUGUUGCCCAUCCCUAAUCACACUUGAAUUAAGAGUGUCAGUAGGAUUAAUGAGGCACGUCAAGAGGCAACCACAUUACUGGGGGUCUGAAUUCACAUAUGGAUCAAACCAGCUAAAGGUGCCUUCCCGAAAGGACAUUAGUGAACCUGAUGGGUUUCACUAACAAUAUUUACUGAUACAGAAUGUUAACAGUUGAUAAUAUAUGACAUUUUUCUGUUGACACAACUAUUUUCUGGGAUUGUGCUCUGCAGUAUUUGCCUGCAGACCAGCUCUCUACAUCAACCUCUCUUUAUGUACAAAAGAGCAAGGAGCAAAAAGCAAAUAUUUGAAGAUAAAUUCCCUUCCUUAAAAUCAGUGAGGAAGUAAUGAAAAACACUUAAUUCAAUAUUUUGCAAUCAGGCCGUUAUUGCUGUAAAAGAAUUUUCAUUUCAAUUACCCCUACAUGGGAUAUUUGGAAGAUUUCUGUAUCAGUUUGGUUAAGAUACAGAAAGCUAAGCAAAUGAAGGACUGAAAUAUUUGACUUCUGCUAUCCUGGUGAUCACACUGUUCCCGUGUACAGGUGAACAUACAUCUCUUUGGCAAAUAUUUAAUGUGUUCAGAGGCUCUAUCCCCAGAAUGACAGCACUAAGUCAUCAGGGCCUGAGUAAUUUCUUCAGAAAAGUCCUGUCCCUGAAUGCCGAGGGUUGGCUACAGCUAGUGAGCCAUGAUUGACCAUUCAUGUCAAGAUACUACUAUCUACACCUGCACAUUCUGACAUACCUACAUGGAAUCUACCUUAAAGUGCUGUUUUCUGACAGUCUGGAUCAUUGGAUUAAGCCCCAUACACAGGUUGUAAUCUUCUGCAGGUAAAACUGUAAUUACUAUACAGCCAGGAGUUAGCACAUCCAGGGGCUAUAAUGCUGAGCUGUGACCUGAAAUUUCCGUUCGAUUAGCUGAAGAUGGUCUAUAUUCAUGGUGCCUUGAAAUGACACAUAGGGGCAACCAUUACACAACCACCUCAUGCAGCACCUUCCCAUUUCAACAUCCAACAAGCAGUGUCAGCUCUGAGCUGCUCACUCGUGUGCCUAGAGACUUGUGCCGCUAUGCUGAGUUGCUCAUUCAUUUGGAAUCUCUCACCACCUCAUGGUUGCUGCUUUCAGGCUUAAAUCAAAAUGAAUUUGGCAGACAUGAUAGCACCUUGGCUUUGAUCGCUGUGGAUUCAAGCACUUCAUAAUUUUAGCAGACAUGAAUGUGGGACUGUUGCAGUUUUAGAGAUACUACAGGAAUUUACUUAGAGUUUGAAGAAAAGCAUGAAUCUGAAUGCAUUGGAGAGAGUACAGAUGAAAUUUACAAGAAUGGUUCCAAGGAUGAGAAGCUUCAGUUGUGAGAAGAGAUUGAAGAAGUUGGGACUUUUCUCCUUGGAAGGAAGAAGGUUAAGAGAAGAUCUCAUAGAGGUUUCCAAAUCAUGAGCAGGCUCAAUAGAGUAGAUAAGGAGAAACUGUUGCCGCUCAUAAAGGGAACAGGAACAAGAGGGCAUAGAUUUGAAAUAACAUGCAAAAGAAGCAAUGGUUAUAUGAGGAAAUAACUUCAGCAACUAAUUGGGUUAUAGAAUGCACUGCCUAUAAGUGGUGGAGGCAGGUUCAAUUGAGGCAUGCAAGAGGGCAUUGGACAAUUAUUUGAAUAAAAUAAUGUGCAAAGAUCUGGGGAUAAAGCUGGAGAUUGACAGUAGAUAAUGAUGCUCAUGUGAAAAACCUGUACAGGCACGAUGGGCUGAAUGGCCUCUUCUGCGCUGCAAGACUUGUGAUUUUUCUGCUGUAUGGGUCAGUGUCCCUCACUGAACUAAGACCAAAGCAAUUCAUACGCUAUUUAUGAUUCGCUGAAUGCAAGUUACUACUGUUCACUUAAAUGAAAUAAUUAUACAUUUAAAAAAUGCUAUUAGAAAUCACUCACUGUUUGUAAAUUAUCUUAAAGGAAUAUUGGUAUCCUGUUCUAAGGGAAAUAAUAAUGGGCUGUGAAAAUUAAGAUUCUUUCCUUGACAGUGGUCUCACUACCAGAUGAGGAAACAGUCCAGUACAAGAUACAUAGCAUGUCAGUGAUUUGGUGAUUAAUAAGUCUGUUCAAAGAGAAAUGACAAGGCCUGGUUGAACUGUUGAACAUUUCUUAUAUCUUGGGGCUAAGUUCAGACUGGUUAGCGAGCUCAACCACUUGUCUUACUGCCUUCAUACCUGCCGUCUUCAGCAAGUCUCAACUGCAAAAUGGAAUCUUGACAUAACCCCACGGGAAGGGAGGAGAAGGCAAAAGGCAGUUAGUUACUCCCCACAUAUGCAUCUCCCAGUGAACAGCCACACAGUAUUAGCUGGAAAUGAAUCUCUACACUGUGCUGUUGGGAAGGUGUGAAACAUAGGAAGCUAAAAGGCAGAUAAGUACCAAAAUAGUUAACGGAGACUGUGUAAGUUGUGUGUUGUAUGAAUUUUCUUUUCUGUUAACAGUUUUUAAAACUGUUUUCAUUUUGUAUUAAUAGCACCUAAAAGCUUAAUAACAUUAAUAAAACACCAUUUAUUUACA